GACUGAAUGAUAACAAAGUUGUAUACAGUAAUGGGAUUUUUUAUGAUUAAUGUUUUGUCAGGAACUUGUGCACGUUUAAUUUAUUUAUCUAUUAUAUGAGAAUAUUUAAAAUGCAGAAGGAAGGGGUAUCCACUCAGUACCUAUGUGUACAUUAUUGUUUGCAUGGGAAGGAGAGGGAAAAGUUGUGGAUUCGUGUGGAUCAUAAAUGGGUGACAAUGUUGGGAGAACGUUUAUAAGUCACUGGAUAUAACACCGAAUGCUGCCACUCUUGUUUUCGCGCAUUUUCCUCUGUAUUCAUAAAUCCUUUCGUCAAACACUUUUGUGAAAUAUUUUAUCUGGUGUUUGAAGUUUUCCAUUGAAGAACUCUUUCAUGAAUCCAAGUGAAUGUGAUGCAUUUUUUCCGAUUCGGUUUUCAGUGGACCAAAUUUUUAGAAACAUUUUUCUGUGAGUCCGCUCUUCGUGGAUUCGUGGGAAGAGACAGUAAAUUUUGGGCAGUUUGCAGAGUACCGUGUGGCGGCACAACGCCGUGUGUUGGUGGUUCUUUCAUUUAAAUAUAACGGUGUGUAUAAAUAAGUAUGAGCAAUAGCGGGAGUACGCGAGGCCUGCUGUCGUCGAUGAUUUUGCGAAAGACUUAACAUUUUUGGGGGCUUUUAUUCAUGGAACAAUUUGGAGAAUUCUAAGCUGGAGUUUUUAAAUACUGUUUAUGGAAUAAUGGGGACAAGGUUCUCGUCACUUUCUGUCAAGGUCCACCCGAAUUACCGGACUCCAAGUCUGUGCAAAUCGGAUAUACGUGAUGCAGUUGAAUUCAUCCUGGGAUUGGCUGCGUGAAAUUCUGACACAGGUAGAGGACUGCUCUGUGGACAAUUCGGAUGUUUCUAUAAUGAUUGGUGAUUUGGGUGAACUCACGAAAAAACUGGCACAAUUGUGCGAAAGAGGAGCAGCUGUUCCUAUGAGCACUUCCCAUUCGUUACACUGUGAUGGAAACGACAAUAACCAUAAAAUUAUCACAAAGAGGAUGGCAUAUGAGGUAUUUUUGGGGGGAUCCUGUAAUCCCACCACUUGGAGGUCAGAAAUAGCAAUCCCGACACUGCAGAGACUUGGAAUCACGUAUUAUAAUCCGCAAGUCUCACAAUGGGGACCGGAAUUAAUAGCCGAAGAGUACGAGGCAAAACAAAACGCCCGUGUUUUACUCUUUGUGAUAGAUAAUCAAACACGGAAUACUGCGAGUAUAAUAGAAGCUGCGCAAUUGGCAGCAACGAGAACCAAUUCCCUCGUCCUAGUGGUUUAUCCGUAUCGACUGGGACAAACAAUAUUAGGAGAAACAAUUUCUGCCCAAGAAUAUUAUGAUUUGAUAAAUGGGCUGUCGGUACUUGAGUACUUCAUGGAGAGACAAAGAAUACCUAUAUUUGAAAACAUUUCUGGAGCACUUAAUGGCACAUCUAAGAUUUUACGGGAAGCUAUCAACGUUCAGGACUUGAAUCAAGAAGAUGGUAUGAGGCCGAAGCAAAUUUCCAUGUCCCAAAAUGGAGUUGAUAUAAUAACACUAAAGGAAAUAUUCCGAGCCAUUGAUACAAAUGAUACGGGUUGUAUUCGUUUGAGGGAUGCUUGGAUUGCUAUGCAAUCACAUGCGAAGAGCAAUACGUCUAUUUCGGAGCUUCUCAAUGGCGUAAAUAAAUCAGAGACGUAUGAGAGUUUGGUCAAGACUUUAACAUCGAAGGAAGAUCCAACCGAGCAACGUAUCAAUUUCGACCAGUUCUGUACACUCGCUAGUGAAUGGAGGCAGCUCAAAACCAAUGGGGCAAACUGCGAAAGUGAGAUACCUUCAGUAUGGAGUAUAUUAUCUAGGAAGACCAUGAAGUUCCUUUGUGAAGCUUUCGUGCACCCCCUUAAUCGACUCCUAGAUUGGACACAUUCACUGGUGCUUGAAUCUGAGAAAAGAGACUUAUACGUUGGAUUGGUUGGUAAAGAUCUGCUUUGGUUGGAGUCAUCGGCAGUACCGUUGAUAGAGUCAAUGGGCCUGACAUUGCACCGUCCAAGUAUGAACGAAUACACAGUGAGGCAACUGCCUCGGGAGUUACAACAUAUGAGAAACUCCCGUGUUAUUCUAUUGAUAAUGCCUCAGCACUCGCGGGGCAUCGCCAUUGCGGCAUUGGCAGCUUAUUCCAUUGGACUGCAUGCUAAAUUAGUUCUAUGUAUACAACUGAUGCCGGAAAGUUGUAUAGUCUCCGGUGAACAGCUGACUGAGCAAGCCGUGAAGGACUAUAAUCGGGGUAGAAUGUACCUGUCGGACUAUGCGACGCGCGAAGGUGUACCUGUAUUUCAGAAUAUCGCUGAUGCACUGCAGCACACGAUACAGCUAGUUCAAAGUCCCUGCUGAUGUGGACGAAAAUCUCUUAUCAUUUACUUUCAUCAUUUUUUUAAAGAAAAUUUUAUUUUUUUUACUGAUUAGAUUCAUUUGACGACUAAUUUAUUGUUGCUCGGACUUAUUCAUUCAUGAACUGCCCCCGUUUACCGCACUAUCGGGACGAGUCCUCUUUUAACGAGAUGAGUAUCAUCAUCUUUUAUUAAUUUUUGUUCUUUUUAAAUGUUCAUCUCUUUCAAGUUUAUCUCUUCAGUAAUUUGUAGAUUUAUUGUAUUUUGCGGAUAAUUUAACACUGUUGCAAUUCGUCACCAUCACAUUGAAUUUUAAAAUUAAUCUUGUCAGAUCUGGGUUAACAUAUAAAAACUAGCAUUUUUAAUUAUUGAAUUAUUGAUAUUGAAUUUGGUUGGCUGAGUGGGACAAUUGAAUGUGUUGGUCCACUAAUUAGUUUGAGUGUCAGAAAUCGAUUUUUUUUUCGUUCUCUCAGGAAAAUCUUUCUAGCUUUUGAUGGAAAGACUGGGAUAGAGGAAAUUCAUGCACCUGUUUCCUAUCGUCAUUUUGUACAGCCAUUUUCAGGUUACACAUUUUUGUUCUUUUGAAUAUGGCCGUUGAAUUUUGCUUUUGCGUUAUUGAAAACUGAAAAAAAUCAGGAGUGUAGGGAGCGGUUUCUCAGAGUAUAGAUGUUCUUUAAAUUAUAAGUAACUCAACGCCUUGUAAUGAUUUUCUUUAUAACUGGUUGCGGAUGGAUUGGAAUACGAAUGUACAAAUGUUUUUUAUUGGUUUCUUAACACGCUAAUGGUAAUUCAUGAAUUGAAAUGAUGAAAGAGUAUAUGAGAGUAAGCACUUAAAAUACUGUCGGUCAGUGUGAAUGAAUGAUUUUUUUGUUUCUUAUAUUCAAAAUAUGAGUAAUUUUUAUGAAUUUUUCCGUCAUUUUGUACCAACGAAACGUUCAAUUGAAAAAAAUGUGAGAAUCCCCAAUAAAUAGAUGAUGGAUUAAGAAAAACCCCGAAUCCUUCAAUAUUUACAGACCUUAGCAUUGUGCAAAGCGAAUACUAGCCAUGCUUCAAACAGUUUUGCUCAUGAUUGUUGUCGUAGCAACUUCAUUAGCAUGUUUUUCCACAACCAAAUUUUCUUAAUGCAAAGUGAACUCAACGAAUUGCUUUUAUAAAUUCUAUUAUCCUCUUUUUUCAUUCAAAUGAUUCAUUAAGAAUACAAGAAACAAACAAUAUAUUUCAUCUAAAACAGUUUCUCCUUUCGUAUAUUUCGUUUGAUUAAUGGAAAACAUUGGAAAAAAAAUUAAUACCAGUCCGCCAGAAACUCCCGGGAAAGUAGUAUCGCUUAAUUUUCUUCAAUGAGAGGAGUACUGGUAUCAUCACAGGUAGGAACAACGGAAUGUAGACGGCAUACCUGCAAAAUUCAAAAUAUUGAAUGCGAGUAAAAUGUAGUAGGAGUCCACAAAAGAAGAGAAUUACCAGUAUGUUCUUUUCACAAACGGAUUUUUAUUCAAAGAUCAGAAAAAAGUUGUAAUUUUUGUAAUGAUUCGCCUUGUCAAAUUCUAAAUAACUAUAAGUUAAGCUACAGUAUUGAUUUCGUAAUUUGAAAUUUCUUCCAGCAGUUCAUGGAGAAAAAAUUGUAACAUUUGAAUGUAUCACAAAAAUGUAAUUACUUUUCUGGGACCGACGUUAGUGGUAAAUUAUUAAAUUUAAGGCUCAUGCUUCGAGAA